CACUGUCAGAACAGUCUGCGUCCUUCGGGAUUUUCACUAACGCCCAAGCUUUUCCUAACAUGACAAGCAACAUACGGGAAGGACCCGUCGGGUCGUCUUCUAUACCAGAGCCAGUAGCAAUUGUAGGUAUUGGUUGUCGACUGCCUGGCAAUGUCUCGAACCCUUCACAGUUAUGGGAUCUCCUAAUGUCGAAAGGAAAUGGAUGGCGCGAAUUCACGCCCGACAGAAUCAACAUCGAUGGUUACUACCACCCCAAUAGCAAUAGACCUGGAAGUCUACAUACGCGGGGGGCUAAUCUUCUCGCCGAAGAUCCCCGGCUAUUUGAUCACAGAUUUUUCGGUGUUAAAGAUUCCGAGAUACGGACUAUGGAUCCCAAUCAACGCAAGAUGUUGGAAGUUGCAUACGAAGCAUUCGAGAGUGCAGCCGAGCCAUGGGAGAGUUUCUCAGGUUCUAAAACUGGAGUCUUUGUUGGCAACUUCAAUACAGACUAUCAGAUGAAUCAUGUUUAUGAUAUCGACUUCAUACAGCCUUAUGCAGCCACGGGCACUAGCGCAAGUAUCCUAAGCAAUAGGAUAAAUCACGUCUUUAAUCUACGUGGUCCAAGCGUUACUUUAGACACAGCAUGCUCAUCGUCCAUGUACGCAUUACACAUGGCUGUUAACGCGAUUCGAAACAGAGACUGCGACGCCGCAAUAGUCGGAGGGAGUAAUCUAAUUCUUUCACCAGAAGCACAAGAAUUAACAAAGUCUCUCGGCGCGCUUUCGGAGACUUCGACUUGUCAUACGUUUGAUACAUCAGCUGAUGGUUAUGGAAGAGCAGAAGGAUUCGGCGCAUUAUACCUGAAACGAUACUCGGAGGCAGUGCAGGGGGAGUACCCUAUCAGAGCUGUGAUCAGAGGUACUGCGAUAAAUUCAAAUGGAAAGACGGCUGGAAUAACACAUCCUGGAGUGGAAGGACAGGAGGCACUCAUACGGCAAGCAUAUGAGAAUGCGAAUUUAUCACCUCAGAGUACCGGCUACUUUGAGUGUCACGGAACUGGAACUCCUGUGGGCGACCCCGUCGAGGUAGCUGCCAUUGGUCGAGUUUUCGCCUCCACUCGAGUCAGCCCGCUGUUGGUCGGAUCCGUCAAAACCAAUCUUGGUCACAGCGAAAGUGCAAGCGGCAUCACCGGCGUCAUCAAAUGUGUACUUGCUCUUGAGAACGAUUGUAUACCACCUACGACGGGAGUCACUACAUUAAACCCUGCUAUUGACUUUGAAUCUGCACAGGUAGAGGUUGUCACCGAACCUACUCGCUGGCCAGCGGGUUUACUCAGACGGGCCAGUGUGAACUCCUUCGGCUACGGUGGUGCCAAUGCCCACUGUAUCCUAGAUCACCCGGACAUUCUGAAGAAGGAUAUUAUUGCCUCUGUUGUUCCAAAUGGCAACCAGCAUAUUACGAAUUCCACGAAUGGAUAUUGUACUUCGGACUCGUUAUACUCCAGCCAAAUUCCGACCUUCAGAUCGUCUAGGCUCAACCCUGUCAACGGUAUCAACGGCGAUGAAUCUUCAAGCGCGAAUAAUGCUGUUCAAACUAAGCUGGAAGUCGAUGAAGUUAUCUCUUCGAGCCUGCUGCGAUCAGAGAGCCACCCUCAACCCAACGUGGAGGGAAUAGAACGACGAUUUCUAGUAUUGCCUUUCUCAGGUCAUGACGAGUGCGCCCUAAUGAAAAAUAUGCGCAUCUUGAAGCCUAUAAUCCCUCAACACCGACUACUAGACACCGCACAUACGCUCGCACGUAGGACAAAAUUUCGUUUCAGGUCAUACCAGGUUGUGGACACUCGGGCCGCUUCGGAAACAUAUCAGCCAGAGGGCGCAGUAUCUCGUCAAUGCGAAGGCUCAAAGGUCCCUCGCUUGGCUUUCGUGUUCACAGGUCAAGGCGCUCAAUGGCAGACCAUGGGAAGAGCACUGCUUGCGUUUGAGGCAUUUCGUUCGUCAAUAUCAGCCCAAAACGACAUCAUAUGCAGCCUCUCCAAUAAACCGCCAUGGACGAUUACUGAAUUCUUCUACGGAGACACGGAGUACUCUAUACAAGACGCUGAAGUUUCGCAAACCAUAUGUACGUCGUUGCAAAUUGCUAUUGUAGACCUUCUCCACUCUUGGUCUAUCACACCCCAUGCGGUCGUGGGUCACUCCUCCGGUGAAAUAGCGGCAGCAUACUCCUCUGGUUUCAUUUCUAGAGUGGAGGCAGUAGUAAUUGCAUUUUUCCGAGGACAGGCAAUCGCAAAAAAUAGAAGCGCCGGCUUAAUGCUAGCGGUUGGGCUAUCGGAACUGGAGUGUCAGUCAUUGAUUGCAGGUCAAGAAGAUUUUAUAAAGAUUGCGGCAGUAAACUCACCUUCCAGCGUCACAUUGUCAGGUGACAAAUCCCAUAUAGAAGAUAUACACUUAAAGCUACAGGCACAGGGUAUAUUCUCAAGAAUCCUCAAGACUGGUGGGAACGCAUAUCACUCCCAUCACAUGAAGGCUGUGGGGGAGAAAUACGAAAUGCACCUGAGACACGCUUUGGAAGAAGUCAAAGAAAGAUACCCAGAAGCAGUGGCAACGAAUCUGUCUCGAAAAACUUGGAUCUCUUCUGUGGCUCCUGAUAAACCGAUAGAACUGAAAAUCGAUGCUAAGUAUUGGCGCCAGAAUCUCGAAGCAUCUGUACAGUUCUCACGGGCAGUGUCCAGAAUGCUCACUGGCGCAAGAGCUUCAGUAGACAUUCUAGUUGAGAUCGGUCCCCACUCUGCGCUUCAGGGUCCUCUCAAACAGAUCAUCACUACAGAAUAUCUUGGAGCGACUCUUGAACUACCACAGUACUUACCAUCACUAAAGAGAUUCGAGAACGAGGAGAAGAGUCUGAUGAAUCUCUGCGGAAACCUCUUCUGCAGCGACUACCCUGUGGACAUCAUGCGAGUCAAUGCGAGAGAAAUACCAGAUAAAACGAGUACUCAAUACGACAUGGGUUCCGUCCGUAUCGACUUACCGACAUAUCAAUACAGCUACGGAGCUGUGGUCUCCCAUGAGACACGCAUAUCACGCGAAAUCAGACAAAGGAAGUUCUUGCGUCAUGAUCUCAUUGGCUACUUGCAACCUGGUUGCGCCAAACGCAGACCUUCCUGGCGUAACGUCUUGCGGCUUAAGGAUGUUUCCUGGUUGAACGACCACAAACUACUCCCCAACCCAGUGCUUCCAGGAUCAGCGUACGUAUGUAUGGCAAUUGAAGCUCUGUCGCAGUACGUCUCGGGCCAGCCCAAGAUACCCAGCAAGCAUUCCUUCAAGCUCCGCAACGUACUCAUUAGGUCAGCUUUACAGAUACCCGAGAAUGACACCGGAGUCGAGGUCUUGACGAACCUACAAGCUUCAUCAGGUAGCCCAAAAUGGCAUGAAUUCCAAGUUUCCUCAGUAUCCCAGGAGGGUACAUGGACAGAACAUGCUUCGGGUCUGAUAUCUAUCUCAUCAGCAGUUUCUACUCCAACGCGUCGUUUGGACGAAGGGAUAAAUCAACGAUUCAUCGACGUCCCAAAUUGGUACUCCCAUUUCACUCAAGCCGGACUCGGGUAUGGUCCAGCAUUCUCCAAGAUGCUCGAUCUUACGUCGGAUCCGUAUAAAAAUGUCGCUCGCGCGAAAAUUCAUCUAAAUCCGGCACAGGCCUACUUCACGCAAGGACCCGAGUCACCCUAUAUGGUUCAUCCCGCCUCAUUGGAUAUUUGUCACCAACUCUCGCUUAUCGCCGCUCAUGGAGGCCAAACGGAUCGGUUCAAGACUGCAUUCGUGCCCGUAGCCAUAGAAGAAAUGGUCGUAUGGCCAGGAGUAAGACCGCAGCAAGAGUGGGGAUAUUGCAUUGCAAAAGGUCAAAUAACAGGACUACGUGGUGCGCAUGCCAGCUACCAAAUAUUCGCCGAAGAUGGGACUCCCAUUGCUGAGACGACCAACCUGAAAUGCGUUUCCUACGACGGAGGUGUGGCCAUUGAGAAGCCUGAAACGCACGAGUAUCUACGAUUGGCAUGGAAACCAGACAUCUCCAGUCUCUCAAAUAAUCAGGCCAACAAGCUUUUCCCACCUCCAAUACCUGGAGCUGCAGUCCAAGGAACAUUUGAAGAGAUGGACCGAUUAGCUAUGUACAUGAUUAUGGGACUACAAGAGAGAUACGGCGCUUUGAGGCCCAGCUCGCCUCAUUUACAACGCUUUCUGAAAUGGAUCAACAAGUGCAGCGCCAUUGAGUCAUCAUUUGCGGAUGCUGUACGCUCCAUGACCAGCGCUGAACGACAACAUGAAAUCAACGCCAUUGUUUCGAAACUCUCUGACGUCGUAGAUGUUGAGAUCGCAAACCGCAUGUUCACAGAGAUGGACGAUAUCAUGGCUGAGAUGAGAACAGGGCUCGAAGUUGCAUUGAGAGACGGCAUCCUCAGGAAAGUCUACACAGCUGGCUUCGGUAUCUCGGUCGCGUAUAGACAACUGUCGAAUGUCCUAGACCUACUUGGUCAUUCCAAUCCAAACAUGGACAUACUUGAAGUUGGAGCCGGCACCGGUGCCGCGACCAACAUUGCCAUCAGUACACUCGCACCGGAUAGAAGCCCGAAACGGUACGGCUCGUACACGUUCACUGACGUAUCCAGCGGCUUUAUUCACUCGGCGCGAGCUGAGUUCUCUCGAUGUAAGAAUAUGAGCUUCAGCGUCUUUGACAUGAACAGCGCGCCUCAUGAGCAGGGAUUCGAUAUGAAAUAUGAUGUGAUCAUAGCAUCAGAGUGUGUGCAUGCUACGCCAGACGUAGAAUGUGCCUUACGCAACAUCCGAUUACUUCUGAAACCAAAUGGCAAAUUGAUUUUGCUGGAGACAACAAGACCUCUUUUUGGAACAAACAUCAUUUAUGGGACAUUCACAGAUUGGUGGAGCGAGGAUGAAGAGAGAGAUACGCCCUUCUUGGCAACAGCAGAGUGGAAUGAGGCACUUCAAGCGAGCAGAUUCUCGGGCGUUGACUUCGAGUUGAGUGAUUAUGAAGCGCCUUAUGGGAUCGUUUCAACAAUUGUUACGACGGCGACCGAACUUCCAGAGAUCGAUGGAUCUUGCAGUUUGAAGACCGAGGUAUAUGUGGUUCACCGAGGAGUGGCUAGUGAAGCACACCAGGCUAUUUCGGCUCAGCUACAACAACAAGGGCUGACGCCAGUCUUGCAUUCGUUCGGCGGCAGUAUUCCCCCAUCUUCGCGAAUAAUCCUUUGCCUGGACAACGACCGAUACAGCGUCGCCGACGCAAGCGAGCAAGAAUUCCUCCAAUUGAAGUCCACUAUACGAAGUGCGAGGUCCGCCCUCUGGCUGGUCAUUGGGGAUACCUUGCAGGGAAAUACUCCGAGAUCUGCGACCACAGUCGGCCUCGUUCGCAUGCUCACAACCGAGAACCCCGAAGCUAGUCACGGAAUCAUCUUGCUGGAAAGGUCUCUCGACCUGAAUACCGAUCCCGAGCUACUACCAGAGAUCAUUCGCAGAGAAAGGCUCAUUCAUCUUAAUGAUUUCGAGCGCGAGCUUGCGGUCAAAGAUGGGAUUGUCUACACAAGCCGCCUCAUAUUCGAUGAGGAGCUCAAUGUUGAAUACCGAAAACGAUACAACUCGCAACAAGAGACUGCUCUGGAACCCAUGGGCAGCCAUGCAGCUCUGAGCGCCCACUUUUCUAAGCCGGGUCUCAUCAGCUCUCUAGUCUUCCAAUCAGAUGAGAGCAUGCUCGAGCCGCUUCAGCCUGACUAUAUCGAAAUCCGUACAGCCGCAAUUGGUUUGAACUGGAAGGAUCUUGCGACUUCUACUGGGAAAAUCGACAUGGACACAUUGAGCUCCGAGUGCUCUGGCAUCAUCACUAAAAGCGGAAGCGCUGUUCAAGGCUUGAAGCCUGGUGAUCGUAUCUAUGGGUUGGCUUGGGCUAAGUUCGGAACCACUAUUCGGCUUCCCGCGGGAUUCGCCCAGAAGAUGAGGCCUGAAGAUUGCUUCGAGGAAAUGGCGGGUGUUCCUAUCGUUUUUUGCACCGCGCACUACGGGCUUAACCACCUAGCACGGCUGGAAGCCGGAGAGCGCGUACUCAUACAAGGAGCCACAGGAGGUGUCGGUCUUGCCGCAAUCCAGGUCGCUAGGAGCAUCGGAGCAGAUAUCUAUGUUACGGCAGGAAACCAAGCCAAGGUCGAUUUCCUUCAUGAACAAAUCGGACUCGAAAAAGAGCGCAUAUUGUCAUCCAGGAACGAGGAUGACUUGCUGCGGAUUCCAAGUAUCACAGACGGUCGGGGAUUUGACGUUAUUCUCAGCACAUCCACAGGGAGCAUGAUGCACGAAUCUUGGAGACAUUUGGCACCGCGAGGGCGGUUCAUAGAUGUUGGAAGAGUAGAUGUACAGAAUGGUGCCACGUUGUCCAUGGAGGUCUUCAGGAGGAACGCAUUAUACGCUUCUUUUGAUCUGAGCAUUAUGGCUCGUCAAGAUGCAGACUUCUGCUCUAGAUUGAUGGGCGAGGUGAACGAGAUGAUUACCACCGGGGUUCUGCACCCUAUUUCUCCAGUCAAAACGUUCGAUAUCUCGGAGCUAGAAUCAGCGUUGAUGUACUUUUCGCAAGGCAAACAUAUAGGUAAGGUAGCGGUGACAUACACAGUUGAGGAAGCCCCACUGAAGAUCAUUCCUCACAAACCUUCGGCUAGAUUCGACCCUGAUAGUGUCUACAUCCUCGUGGGCGGAGCCGGAGGAUUUGGCUUGGGGAUCUUACAGAUGAUGGCCACGCGCGGUGCUCGACACUUGGAGAUCUGGUCUCGUUCAGGAGUCCCUACGCCCGAGGCAGUCAACAUCCUCAACGAACUGGCACAGAGCGGAAUCAACGUCUCGGUAGUGAAGUGCGACAUCACCGAUGCCUCCUCUGUGGAUGCAUCCAUGUCCAACAUAUCGCUCCCCAUCAAAGGCAUCAUCCACGCCGCUGUCACCUUCUGCGAUCACGCGUUCGAAGUCCUCACCUACGCAGACUGGACACUCGGCCUCUCCGCCAAAGUCACUGGCACUCAAAACCUCCACGAAGCGACCCUCAAGUACAACCUCAAUCUUGACUUUUUUAUCAUGACAAGUAGCUAUGAGGCUGUAGUUGCAUUGCCUACGCAGGCUACAUACUGCGCCGCAAAUUCUUUCCAAGAUGCCUUCGCACGGUAUCGUCGGUCACUGGGUCUACCCGCAUGCGCCAUUGCCGUGGGCCUGAUCACCGAGAUUGGAUAUGUUGGGCAGGUAGAUAUCACGAGGAACAUGAUUGAUCGAAACAAUCUCUACGGAACGGGGGAGUUGGGUAUCCUAAGACUGCUGGAAGCCGCAUUCCUGGACGCCCCGCUGCCAAAGCAUGAUGGCAACGCCAUAUCUUGCCCCUGGAGACGCUUCGAUCCGCUAGCCGAGGCCCAGAUCACGACUUGUCUCGAGCCUACCAAGCUGGCCGCGAUGCUGGAUAAGAACGGUACGAAUAGGGGUGUCCCGCGCUGGAUGGGGGACAAGAAGUUCUCACACAUCGUACGCGCUACAGAGGAUCAGCGAUCUGGGAACAGUACGUCGACACUAGUAGAAGCUGUAGUGUCCAAGGUCUUCGAAGAGGUUCAGGUAGCCCUCCGCUCCGGAAAUGCUGAUGAUGGCCGCAAAUUAGUGAUUGCCGCUACCAAGGAUAAAAUGUCAGGGCUUCUGGGCAUUCCCGUGGGGACCAUCCAGGAGAACAAAUCGGUGGCGGAGUACGGAGUCGACAGUCUGAUAGCAGUGGAGCUGCGGAACUGGUUCCUGACCACGUUCAAAACUGCGAUCCCGUUGCUGAGAUUGCUUGAUGAGAGUUUGUCGAUUGCGGAGCAGGCUGAAUGGAUUGUGCAAGGGAUUCAUUCGGGGGAUAGCAAGUCCUGCGUUGCCACUAGGAUGUUUAGCUCUUUCGUUGAAUUCUUCAGUAGAGUCGUUUCAUGUGUGCUCGUGUACUCAGCAACUACAGUUUCGGGAAACGAUUUCCUAGCGGGACCUGGUAGGGCAGAGGCGAAGGCACGUCCUGCGGUUCGUAUGGGCGUGACCCACACUUCAACCAAGUACAAUAUUGGAUCCAACAAAAUUGCCUGA